CUCCUCUCAUCAUGAACCUGCUAGUAGUCUGUCGGUGCUAUGUGCUUUUGGAGCUCUUGGCAGUCAAUUGUCAGAACCUCAUACAGGGCCGUAUAGUCGGAGGCUACGCGCCAGCCCCCAACUCCAUCAAAUACAUUGUAUCCCUACAGACCACCAAGGGACAGCACUUCUGUGGAGGGUCUCUAGUACACAAGUACUGGGUGCUUACAGCCGCGCACUGUAACAUAGGGACAGAGCAGAUGAUGAUUGUGGCAGGGGACUACUCUCUGAGUACUUUUGAGGGAACGGAACAGUAUUCCAAGCCUCACAGACUCAUCCCCCAUCCUCUGUACAACAAGACCACCAACAACGCUGACAUCAUGCUCAUCAAGCUGAGGGUUCCCAUGGUGAUUGGUAGCUAUGUGUCGCUGGCGCCCCUCCCUCGGCAGGGUACAGGGGUUAUGGCGGGGCGGGUAUGUCGGGUGUCGGGGUGGGGGUACACCUCUCUGGGAGGGGGUCAGAUCCCCUCCACCCUGCUGACUGUCAAGCUGCCCAUCGUGUCAUCGGCCAGGUGCAACAGCAGCGAGUCGUUCAACGGAAACAUCACCUCCAACAUGAUCUGUGCCGGAUACAACGCUGGAGGCAAGGAUGCGUGCAAGGGGGAUUCCGGCGGGCCGCUGGUGUGCGAAGGGCGUGUCUACGGUGUGGUAUCCUGGGGAAACGGCUGCGGAGAUGCCAAGUUUCCGGGCGUUUACACGGCGGUGUCCAAGUUCCGGCGGUGGGUCGACAGAACCAUCUACAGCUCCUACAUUCGCUGCCUGAAGUAUUAA